CCCGGAUCAUCUCUUUCCACCUGCAUCUGGGGCUCGCCGCGAGACAGCACUCCAUCGACGGAUGCAGGACGAAUCUCCAUCUCGAAGAUGCUCGCACGAUCCGCAGCACGACGACAGCAUCAUCGGCACACGACUCGACUCCUCGCCGCCGCCUCCUUUGCCCAGCUCACUCUCCCAUGGCUGGCGCCCGCCCAACUACGAUGGACCGCCACCCGAGCAGCGACAAUAGCACGUGGCAGUAACACGAGAGUCGACACACACACAUCUUUGCUGCCGCGGCCGCGACACGAGACUCGCAGCAGAGCACCUUCGCCACUUCGACCGCAACUUCGAUGUCUCGCCACGGCAGCCGACGCGCACACAGCCCCGUCGGCUUCGACCUUGAACUCAGCGCUAGGUGGCCCCGCUGCCGAUGACUAUAUUCCCUUUGACUUCUCCAGCUAUGGGAAGCCGGCAGCAGGGCCGUUUGGACUUGGCGGUGCUCCUGAUCCCAUCAUUCUCUCCGCUGCCUCUCAAACCCCCGACAAGAUUCUCACGAGAAGUGGAAAUAUUCUCCGAGCAUCGGCAAGAGAUCUCCUGGCCCACCUGCACACCAGUAUGUCCGUUGGGCGGUGGGACCGUGCUGCAUCUGUUGUGCAACGCCUAGUGCGGGAAUGCGGUCCUCAUUCAGAAGAAGCUAUGCAUGCACACUCCUUGUAUCUACACAAAUUGCUGUUGGAUCUCAUGCUACACGGUCGAGAUUCGCCGCAGACGGCUGUAGUGCUCAAGGAGAUGCAAAGGUGGUUCGAGGUCGAGGUGCGCAACAAGGGGGUGCAGCCCGAUUCGAGCAUGCUCGUGACCAUGAUGCGCGCCUCAAUCAGAGGACUAGCAGGUUCGAGACGGGAUCGUUCGAUACGGCGAUAUGCCGAUCUUUCCCAGCAGCUAGGCGACGAUGUGCUGGAAGAUGUGCUGUUAUCGGAAGAUUACGACGACAACGAGUUUGCGGUACUUGGACGCGCAACCCAGGAAUUUUACGAAGACGAGUCUGUGCAACAGGAAGAGACAGUAGAUACACCAUCCGCUGAUCCGAGCGGGUCUGGACAAGCGCACUUGAGAGAUGAUACCAUUGAUCUUUCGACGGUGCCCGAAGUGCGCGCGACUGAGCAGAAGGGCACUGGCUUGGAGGGCAUCAAACGGGCGAUGGGUGUGUUUACUCAAGCCGAGACUCUACCCGCGGAUGCUCCUGCAGCAUCACGACGAGAGCAGGCGUAUGCCCUGCAACGCAGAAUGGAAGACACUGCAGUGGACAUAGCUGUUGCAAGGUGGCAGAAGGCGGACGAGGACCUUCGCAAGAUAGGCAUCCACACAUCCAUGCAAAGCAAGCCAAUAGCUGGGCUAAUGUGGCAAUGGUAUUCAAAGUUGCUUCCGCUGCUCGAGGAGGAACUGGAAGAGGUGAAAAAAGCUUAUAUUCGCGAUAAGGGCGAUGAUUGUCUCGUAUAUGGACCAUAUCUGGAACUGCUUCCGGUCAAGAAGGUCGCUGCGAACACCAUUCUCCAUGUUAUGACAAGAAUGGCAGGUGACAAAAACACCAUCACGGAGCAGUUCGAGAGUGAAACCAAACUAGGUACUCUUGCAAUCAAUCUCUCUAAAGCACUUGAGUCCGAAUGGCUCGCUACUGUUGCUGGCAAAGGCGGCAAGUCUGCAAGUAAAAAACCUCAUAGCACAGCAAACCUCCGCAGACGAGCGAUCCGAGCACUCGAGAAGGGCAUAGAGAAAUCGAGGCCUGGGAAGUCGAAAAGAAAAAAAGAAAUACAAGCAGCACUGGCCCAGGUGGAAUGGCCGGUUUCGGUGAAAGUGAAAUUGGGGGCUAUGCUGGUUUCUAAGCUCAUGGAGACUGCUCAAUUGCCAGUAACACGAGAGCAUCCACGGACCAAGGAACAAGUCACUCAAAUGCAGCCAGCUUUCAUGCAUCGCAUGAAGUACUAUCACGGCAAAAGGGUCGGAGUUUUCAUGCCAAAUCCUGCACUGAUACAGAAGAUCAAGAGCGAGCCAGUGGGAAGUCUGCUGGCAAAGCGGAUGCCCAUGGUGGUACCGCCCCUACCAUGGACGGGAUGGGCAAAAGGUGGAUAUCUGCAUUACUCUAAUCCAAUCCUGCGUCUAGCAGCAGGGGACAAAUCUGGUAAGGAUUAUUUCAUGGCAGCGGACGAGAAGCAGGAUCUCAGUACACUAUACAAAGGCUUGACGGCGCUCAGCAAGGUGCCCUGGAAGAUACAUCGGGGCGUUUUCAAUGUCCAGCUAGAAGCCUGGAAUUCUGGAGAAGAAAUCGCUAACUUCGCACCGCUCAAUCCUGAGCUGCCCGUGCCUCCUGAGCCAGACUCAUCCGCAGACCCGGUACAACGAUUGCAGUGGCAACAAAAGUGUCGUGAUAUUGCCAACAGCCGCUCUGGAAACCACUCGAAGCGUUGCUUCCAGAACUUCCAGCUCGAAAUCGCUCGGACUAUGCUCAACGAGACACUCUACUUCCCUCAUAACAUGGACUUCAGGGGGCGAGCGUAUCCAAUUCCCCCUUAUCUCAACCACAUGGGCGCCGACAAUGUUAGAGGACUUCUCGUAUUUGGGGAAGGCAAAGAGCUCGGUGAAAGUGGCUUGCGAUGGCUCAAGAUCCACAUGGCCACGGUAGCCGGGUACGACAAAGCGAGUAUGGAGGAACGUAUUGAAUUCACGAUGCAGCACUUGGAUGAUAUCUACGAUUCUGCGAAGAACCCACUGAGCGGACGACGGUGGUGGUUGCAGGCAGAGGAUGCUUGGCAGACUUUGGCGGCUUGUUUCGAGCUGGUAGCGGCGCUAGACUCGCCCGACCCUACUAAAUACAUCUCGCAUCUUCCAGUGCAGCAAGACGGCACAUGCAACGGCCUUCAGCAUUACGCUGCACUUGGAGGUGAUAAAGCUGGCGCAGCACAAGUCAACCUCGAGCCCAGCGAUCGUCCAGCAGAUGUCUACACUGCCGUAGCCGAAGCUGUGAAAGCUAAAAUAGCAAAAGAUGCGCAGGACGGCAAUCCCGUCGCGCAAAAGCUGGACGGGCGCAUCACUCGAAAGUGCGUCAAGCAGCCAGUGAUGACCAAUGUGUAUGGUGUCACAUUCUGGGGUGCGCGUGUGCAGGUUAGAAGACAGCUGGAAGCUAUAUUUACGGAGUCCAGACAUGAUGAUCCCGUUAACCUUGGGUUAAUGUCGCACUACGUCACACAGAAAAUCUUCGAAUCUUUGGGACAAAUGUUCACUGGAGCACAAAAAAUCCAGGAUUGGCUUGGACAGUGCGCUGAUCGAGUAGCUACAUGCCUUACUCCAGAACAGGUCGAGGAGCUGAAAGACGAGAAGAAAAUGUUGAAAAGGGCGAAAAAGUCGAGGAGCAAGAACACUGAUGAUUUCGAGGACGAGGAAGCUGUUGCCAUCGCCAGAAGAGUCGACAGAAAGGAAAGAUAUGCCGCCUCGAAGCCGUUGUUCAAGACCACGGUAGUGUGGACCACUCCACUACGACUCCCCGUGGUACAGCCCUACCGAGCUUCCAAGUCCAAGAUUGUUUCCACCUCUAUGCAGGACAUUUCGAUCCGAGACCCUCAGGUCUGGGAUCCUGUGAGCCGACGCAAACAACUUCAGGCAUUUCCCCCCAACUUCAUCCACUCACUGGACGCGACACAUAUGCUGCUCAGUGCGUUGAAGUGCACAGAGAAUGGCAUGACAUUUGCAAGUAUUCAUGACUCUUUCUGGACACAUGCCUGCGACGUCAACCGAAUGAGCGAGGUCUUGCGUGACGCGUUUGUAGCUAUGCACAGCGAGGACAUUAUUGGACGUCUGCGUGAAGAGUUCAAUACGAGAUACAGGGGACACAUGUACCUGGCUACCGUAGAUGCCGACAGCGCGGUCGGACAACGCAUCGAACAGUAUCGAAUGGAGGCGAAGACGAAGGCGAAGAAGGCAAAAGUAGAGUCGAUGCCAAGUGAACUGGCCCGUGAGGCAGAACGCGCACGACUGAUGCAAAGCGAAGAUGCAGCAGAGAGAGCUCAAGGCCAGGCUAUGGUGACUCCUGCUAGUAUUCUGGCCUCCGAGACCGAUACAACUUGCUUUGCACCUGCAACACAGUUUGCAGGCGCUACGCUUGGUGAAAUGCCUCUGAACCCUGCACGAGUAGAAGAUGACGAAGCUAUUGCCGUUGACGCGCCCGAUGAUGAGGCCGAUAUGGAGGAAGCAGGCGAGAGCGCUGACGCUCCCGUUGAAGAUGUUGAGCCUGGCAUGACGGCUUCCGAGUCCAGUAAAACGUCCCAAGGCCCCGAGCAAGGAAACAAGAAGAAGACCAAAUCGAAGAAGAAAUUACAAGUCUGGAUCCCUCUCACGUUCCCCGAGGUACCCGAGAAGGGAGACUUUGAUGUCAGACGGUUGCGGGAGAGCCGAUACUUUUUCCAUUAAUGGAAGGAGGAAAAAAAUAGAAUCUGCCAGUUUGAGCGUUGUACAUAUACUGUUGCAUGAAUGAAGCAUUUGUGCGGUCUGGGAAUGCUGCGCAGCGGAGGGCGUUGUUAAAACUAGAGAGAGCGAGUUGAAAAAAGAGAUGCGGCGUUUCAAUGCGCCAGUAUGGCGAAGAAGACCGGGCCGUGGGGGCGAAUUGCCCUUGUAUGAUAUGUUGAUACCUUUAUACCAAC